AUGGGCUUCCUGAGUGAACUGAUCUCCGAUUUCACCGGCGGUGACAAGCAAAACCAACAGCAGCAGCAGCAGUCCGGCUACUCUCAAUACCCACCUCAACAGCAGCAAGGUUACUCUCAAUACCCACCCCAACAGCACUCCCCACAGCCACCACCAGUCUCCCCACCUUGGUACGCUGAGUGGGAUGGGCGCGAAAACCGCUGGCUGUUCGUGAACCAGCACAACGGCGAGCGUACUUACCAAUAUCCUGGUCCCGGCUACGCUCAACAGCAGGGCAACUAUGGUGCUCCGCCACAACAAGGUGGAUACGGCUACAGCCAAGAUGGCUACAGCAACCAAGGCGCAUACAACCAGAGCUCAUACGAUCCUACCCGCAGUGGCCACCAGGAAGAGAAAAAGUCUGGCGGCAAUGGCUGGAAGUACGCCGCAGCUGGUGCAGCAGGUCUUGCAGGUGGUGCAUUGCUGAUGCACGAGGGCGACAAGAUUGAAGACGGCUGGGACAGUGCCAAAGCCAACGUUUCGCAGGGCGUCGACGAGUUCGGUAACGACAUCAGCAACUUCCCCGAAAACGCCGCAGGGUGGACAGGCGAGCAAGUCGGACGCGUAGAAAACUUUGGCGAUGAUGUGGAGCAAAAGUGGGACAACGGCGUCAACGAUAUCGAGAACUUCCCAGAAAACGCUGCGGAAUGGACUGGCGAGAAGGUCCAGGCGGUGGAAGACAUACCGCAGGAUAUCGAAAACAAGUGGGAUAACAUGGCGGAUGGUGUGGAGCAAUUUGGAGACAACAUGGAGAAUGCGUACGACGAGGGCAGAGACGAACAGAGAUACGAAGACGACUACUAA